CAUCACCACAAGACAAAUAACUUAUAGUGGUAAAGCCACAAAGACUGGAUCUCUGAUAGGAUUAUGGAGCAGACAGACUGUCAGCAAACAUCACCCCCUUUACAAGCCCCAGGGAGCUGGAGAAGGGACGAGCAUGCAGGAGCAGGAAGAUGACUCCAACUGAGAGAGAAUCCUGGCUCCCUGCAGAGCUGGUUGUUGGCACCACAAAUCCACAUCCAGACAGAUUUCCUCAUCCACCAGGCAACUGUGGACAGGUGCUGCCAAGCUCCAGAUGUUUCCCAUUAGCAUUGGCUCUGGUGUGGGGUGGUUAUAAAUGCUCCAGGGCAGGAGGGAGGCUGUCUGUGGGGUAUCUGGUGACUCCUUGGGGCACCCUCUGCUUUUACAGCUGCCAGUAUCAGCUCUACCUGUUCUGUUUCAUGUGGUAACAUGGAUGACUGGGACAACAGCAAUGAGUUCAUUCAGCGACUGGACUUUUCCAGUUGUGGUGAAGAGAGUGAAGACAGAAGUGUAAAUGAGGAGGACUCCCUGAGCUUGAGCCCUCCCAGAAGCUCAGAGUUCCAGAAAUGGCAAGAGAGCAGUCCUCUGCCAGCAACCCCUCAGAGAAAGCUUAGUGAGAUUUUCCUGAGCACGACAAAAGCCUGGAUGAGUCCCACCCUGAAGUCUUCCCCACCUGUGAACAAGAGCUGGAGUAAACCUGAGACACCACUGCACAUCACCUGGAAAAAGCUGCAGCUCUGCGACACCCCGCACACUCCUAAGAGCCUGUUAUCAAAGACAGCUUUUCCUUCAUCUGCAACCAAGGUCCCACCCAAAGGCUUCCGACAUCUGAGGCUCACUCCUCGUGCUGACUCUGAUGACUCUUCCCAAGCUUCUCUUGUCAACAUUAAUCCCUUUACACCGGAGUCCUAUCGACAAAUGCUCUUUCAUCCUAACAGCAAACGGAAGGCCAGAGGAGAGAUGAAUGAUCCUCAUCCAGGAAGCCAGAUUAAACAGGAGCUACCUACGAAGAGAUAUACUCUGAAAGCAAGCAAUAUGGUUUCCCGCUACAAGAAGGAGUUCCUGGAACUAGAAAAAAUUGGUGUGGGGGAAUUUGGCUCUGUCUACAAGUGCAUCAAACGCCUUGAUGGAUGUGUUUAUGCCAUCAAACGCUCCAAAAGGCCUCUGGCAGGAUCCUCAGAUGAGCAGCUGGCACUGCGUGAGGUUUAUGCUCACGCUGUCCUGGGGCACCACCCCCACGUUGUGCGCUACUACUCGGCCUGGGCAGAGGACAAUCACAUGAUUAUCCAGAAUGAACACUGCAAUGGUGGGAGUCUCCAAGAUGUGCUGCUGGAAAAUGCAAAGCUUGGGCAGUAUUUCCCAGAAGGAGAGCUGAAGGAAAUAUUGCUGCAAGUCUCUAUGGGACUAAAAUACAUCCACAACUCUGGCCUUGUGCACCUGGAUAUCAAACCUAGUAAUAUCUUCAUCUGUCACAAGCUGGCAGUUUCAGGUCCUGCUGGGCAGGAGGAGAGUGACAGUGAAGAUGAAUUCUCUCCUGGUGUGAUGUAUAAGAUUGGUGACCUUGGACAUGUGACAUCAAUAUCAAACCCUCAGGUGGAGGAAGGAGACAGACGGUUUUUGGCCAAUGAGAUUUUGCAAGAGCAAUACUGCUACCUGCCCAAGGCAGACAUCUUUGCCCUGGCACUCACAGUGGCUCUGGCAGCCGGGGCAGCACCGCUGCCUCACAACGGGGUCCUGUGGCACCACAUCCGCAAAGGCAACAUCCCACCCAUCCCCCAGAAGCUCCCCCACCACUUUCUUGAGCUCCUUAAGCUUAUGAUCCACCCUGAUCCAGUGCAAAGACCUUCUGCCACAGCUCUCACUAAACACCCUGUUCUCCGCCCUUCAUGUGGAAAAGCUGUGCAGCUGCAGGAGCAGCUAAAUGUGGAGAAAUGCAAGACUGCCAUGCUGGAAAGGGAACUUAAAGCAGCUCGCCUUGCCCAGACCCUCAUGAAGGACCAAGCCUUAGGAAGUGCCAAGUUACAAGAGUCUGAAACCUCUUCUAAGCAGAAGAGCAAGCGUCUGGUGGGAGGGAAGAGCUGUCGCUCAUUUAGCUUUACUCUGGGUUACUGAAUUUCUGUGUUGUCCAAAGACUGCUGAAUGGCCCUGUGAAAGCAGGGGGUCUGCACAGACCAAUACCCCAUCUUGUCUCCCUGUCAUUUUCUUUUUAUCUUUGGGUUUUUUUUUUGUUCCCCCGUUAGUUAUGAGAUGUCGGCUGAGAAAAGAAUGACUGGCUUACAAGCGCUGGAUAAUGGGAUUUAACGUUGUCCUCAGUCUUUUACCUGCUUAAUUUCUUGUGUAAUUGGCCUUGCUAUAGGCUGAGUGUAAGUCCGCCGUGAUGAAAGGAUGACAUUUUCUCUACUCCCCUCUCUCUUGAGUUAGGCCCUGUUAUUGGUCAUUUUCUGGUCUUAACACUAGGGCUGACUACAUCUUUAGAGGGAUGAUACUGGCUGUAUGGGGAGACAGCAUCUACAGCUGUCCCCUUCUAGGAGCAAGUAGGCAGAGACGAUGGCAGCCAGUUUUAGCUACACAUCAGGAGCCAGGCUGGUUACACGGCAGUCCUGGGGGGCUCGGGACGCAGCUGGAGUGCUGUUUCACUGAGGGGGAACAGAGUAAUAGGCAACACUACGCGUUAACGACUGGGAGUUGAAGAAAGACAUUCUUUCCAAUUUCAGCAACAAAACUUUUGUAACCGGGUGCGCUCUAACAGACGGAUGAGAACUUGAUGCCCGACUUGUUUUUUGUCUGUCGGGGAGGUGUCCUUGUUCAUGCCGGGGAGUGUUGGGAGCAGGGUGUCUGUACCCAUUUCCCCUCCGGUAUCUCGCACGCGGUGCCGCUGCCUGCCCGUGAAAUGCAGCCCUUUAGCAAAGAUGAGGGCAAUUAGAAAGGGCUUUUCCAGCUUUUUUGGAGCUGCCCGUGUUAAUGGUGGUAUCUAUUUCGUGAUUGAGAUCUCAUACCCCCCUCCCCUCUCUCCGCUAAACGUCACUUUGGGCGUCCUUGUCGCUUGUUUGUGUUGGUUGGACAGAGCGCUGCGCUGUUCUGAGGGAGGCCUUGGAAACGCGGUUAUUUCCAGGUUUUACCGGUUUGUUUUAUGAUGUUGCACAUGCUGGUUUUAACUGUUAGAUCCUACGGUUUCGUGCGAAUAAAGGUUUUAUCAUUUUCUUUAACCGA